AUGGAACUUAGAGAAGCAUUUAUUACAUUUCUUAAUUACAUUAAAAAUCAGCAAUAGAUAACAUUAAACUUAAAGAAUACAAUUGAUAAAAUUGUUGUAUAAUUAUAAUCCAAAUCAACUGAUGCUGAAAUAAAAUUAUUUAUUACCAAAUCGAUAUCUAAUCAUUAAAGAGUGAAUUCCUAACCUACUAAACCACCUUAAGUUGUUAAAUAGAAUGCUCUAGUCGGAGUAACUGCUUUUAAUUUUAAACCAUAAAGGAAAAUGUCAGAAUAAAAGUCUGAAUAGAAAUCUUAAGAAGAAAAAGUAACUACUUAAGAUACUCGAUAACUUUAUAGUAAUUUAGAAAUACAAGUCAAUAAAUAAUAACAAAAUGAAAUGUCAUUUGGUAAAUUUAAAAAUAAAAUCUUAUUACUUAAUGAUAUAGUUCUUAGUUUAAGAUAAUUCUAAAACAACACAGAAACUCUCUCCUAAAUUUAUAAUCAUACUUCUGAAAUAUAAACUGCCUAUGGAAUACGAAUUAGUCAAGAUAUACAUGGUUCUUGUUAAGUCAAUCGUAAAGGAUCUAACAAAUUAUUUGCUGGAUAUAAUAGUAAAUUAAUGAGUGAUGAUCAAUUGGUUGCCAUCCAGAAUAAUUUUCUAAUGAAAAAACAAAUUGUUAAAGGACUCCACCACGACAUAACAAUAGAAUCCCCAUUACAAAUGGAAAAGCAGAUCUUCUUAAUUUGAUAAUUU